CAUCGCUGUCGGUUCCACCGCACCAGUAUGAAUCGAAUCGAGCUUCUUCGGGUCGCAUUUGGUUGUUGGUCUUUUAUCAAAAUAUCAACAGUGGAACAGAUUAUGAUGGAACCAUUAUGUGUUUAGAAUCCGACCUGAAAACAUCGUGAUAUCGGUUUUAUUCUGGCCAGGGCAAAGCAACUGAUAAGAACUCAUCCAGGUGUUGGCAGCUCUAUUUUUGGCCACACUCGCAAACGUGUUUUGGGACAUAAAGGACGGCAUACGAUAUUUCAGGAUAAGCUUGGAAACGAUCGCCGGAAAAAAUGCAUGGGUGACCUGGUAGUUUGGAAAAGGUGGAAUCGUUACAAAACUCCACGCGGCAUUGAAUGCAAAGCUGAUAAGUGGAAAGCAAUUUUGCACUGUUUUGUGUCUGCUUGAUAAGGUGUUGUUGCAAUAGAUAACUGAAGAAUUGAUUGUGUCAUACAAAUUAGUGUUCGCGAAAUAUCUGAUGAAAGGCAGUCGCAAACCAAAAAGUGAUAUAACAAAGAAAAAUUGAGGCAGCCCAGACGCGAAUUACCGGCGAGUUAUCAGUGCUUGCGGAAGAAUAGUACCGUUCCGGGAAGCGACCUAAUUUGUGAAUUGCAUUUUUUUUUCAAAUCAACCACACGAUGGACAUGACAAUCUCAUCUAAACUACACAACAGCAGUGGAAUCAGUAGUAGUGGCAGUAAUUGCAGUUCCAGUGCGGGUGGCGUUGGGAGCCCCGGUGAACACAUCAAGCGGCCAAUGAAUGCCUUCAUGGUGUGGUCCCGGGGACAGCGGCGGAAAAUGGCACAGGACAAUCCGAAGAUGCACAACUCGGAAAUAUCGAAGAACCUAGGAGCGCAGUGGAAGCUGCUGACCGAGGGCGAGAAGCGACCGUUCAUCGAUGAGGCGAAACGGUUGAGAGCACUGCACAUGAAGGAACACCCCGACUACAAGUACCGACCGCGAAGGAAGCCCAAAACCUUGGUCAAAUCGCCGGCACCCGCCAACUCAGCCAGCUGCUCGUCGUCACAGUCAUCCGGCAAGGAACCGCUUCGAUCACACUCACCCCAAAGCAAGUCACCCUACAACCCAUCCCCGUUGACCACACCCAUUGGAAUCCCGCCGGGAAUCUUUCCCUCCUAUCACUUUGCAUACGACCUGCAUCAGAAGGCGUUCUGGAACCUAUAUGCGCCCCACCUUUUCUCCUCGAUGGUUCCCUCGUACAGUGUUCCCCCGCACUCACCCCAUCCGCUUGCUUACAUAAAACCCUCGAAAUCAUCACCCCCAUCUCCGAUCGCUCCUCCCUCCCCGAUACCGUCGAGCAAUGUCAUCUGACCAACACCGCUGCGGUACAGUGCUGAGCAUAGUGUCUAAAUUGCCAAAGACCUAUUGGGCGACCGGCUUACCCCAGACACAUACACACACACCCAACACUCUCUUACCAAGCUUUCGUUAAUUUGCGAAGGAAAAACCGCGUGUUAAUAUAGGAUUGAAAAUGACAGAAUCCAUAUCAGUAAACAUACACCGUUACUCAUUGUUUACAAACGGUAUGGCACGUAUUUUGUGAUAAGCAUCGAAACCGCGAACACGUCAGAUUAUAUCGCAUUGGAUCAUAUCAAGCUAGAUAGCGCAAGCAAAGCGUCUAUUACAAUCCGAGUCCCAGUUCUGAUACAUACCUACUAGUAAGAAGAGGCAUUUGACGUUAGGAUUAGAAAAGAAGCAACAGGAAGCUAAACGUUUGUUCAUUGAUUUUGCAAUGAAUUAUUUUCCGUAAACUUUGCUAACAACGUCUAGCAACGUGACAAAAGAUCAAAAUUGUUAUUAAGGUAAAAGAUUAGUUGAAUUUAUUUUUUCCAAAAAUUAGUCACUUGAUGGCAUUUUAGCACUUCUAGCGGUUUAUUUUAGUUUUUUAUUUAAUUUUAAGAGUGCAAUAGUUGACAUAUAUGUACUAAUAAAAUAAGUUACUUACUUCAAGGCGAAGAAUUUCAGCACACGGCUAAUCGGUGGUGUAAAUAGUUCACAUAUCGAAACAAAAGUCCUGACAUAAGGUCUCAAAACAAAGUACGUUAUAAUAUUUGGUAGUUGUUUCAGCCCAAACCUCGUUGCUGUGGUGAUAGAAACACCACAACUCAUGAAUACUACUAAACACAAACACAUACGUACAUUACAUUAUCUACACGCUGAAUAUAUGUAAUUGUGAACUCUCGGUGGGUCGAUUUCUCAUUGAAUUUUACUUUAAUAAUAAAACUUAUGUC